ACGACCUAACGAUAACACCAUGACAGUUAUCUGAAUGAUAACCGACCACCAAGAUGCCCACCAACAACCUACUACCACCGACAACAACAUCAGCCACCACCACCACCACCCUUCUCCUCCGCUGGCUCUCCAUCACCAUCCUCCUCCUCCUCGCAAUCCUAAGCGCCGCCGAAGCAGCCCUCGCCCCCCAGCAGCAAACGACGACCAUCAUCGUCGUCACGGUGACAGCUACCACCGUCGCAACGCCCACCGUCCCCCACCCGGCCUCCUACACCUCGCUCGACCUCUUCGAGAACACCAUCCUCAGCGUCACCAACACCUACCGCCAAGCCCACAACGCCAGCAACCUCAUCUGGAACAAGAGCCUCGCCGAAUAUGCCAAGAAAUGGGCCGAAGGGUGUAGAUGGGCGCAUUCGCACGGCCCUCACGGCGAGAACCUCGCCUUCGGGUUCCCGAACGCGACGACCGCCGUGGCCGCGUGGGGCGACGAGGGCCUGCGCUACAACUUCCGGGACCCGACGGGGUUCACCGAGGAGACGGGCCAUUUCACGCAGCUGGUGUGGCGGGCGACGACGGAGGUGGGCUGCGCGGCCGUGGACUGCGGCGUGGAUGUGAAUGAUGGGAAGAGCUCGCAGGGGACGAAGAAUGGGGAUCCCAGUAAGAAUGGUGGCGAGGGGAUUAAUGGGAUCCAGCGGCCGCAGGGCUGGUACGUGGUGUGCGAGUAUGCGCCCCCCGGGAACGUGCUGGGCGGCAAUGAGAAACUGGGCGAUAAGGCGUUCUUUCGCAUCAAUGUGCAGGCGGCGAGUACGUAUUCCGGGCCGUGGCAGACUGGUGGGAAUAAUAAUGGGGGGAGUAGGACUUCGGUGGCGUCGGGAACGUCGGGGGCUGCUCCAGCUGCUGGUGCGAUUUUGGGGGGCAAGGGUUGGACGUUGGUUGCGUAUGGGCUUGCUGUUCUGGGGUCGGGGGAUAUGGGUCAGUGGGUGUGGGAUUAUCUGGAUGUUUAG